UCCAGUCUACGAUUGAGCUAGCUACAGUACAUACAGUGUUUAAACAUUGUUCUAGAGUUGCUUCAAGAAUGAUCAGUCGAUUGCUGUUUGUUUGGGGUGUCUCCUUUCUGUUAGUCCAAGGCCAAACCGGAGAGAAUGAGGUUUUUGAUAUAUUAUAUGAGGCCCCUCAAAACAUUAGCGCGCCCAAAGGCUUCAACGUGAGUGUUGUUUGCCGUGGAAACGGGAAAAUUGUGUGGGAAUUCAACGACGUUCAAGUCAGAGGAGAUAUGAGAGUUGCAGAUUUUCGGGAUAUAGGAAUCUUCACAAACAUUGAUCAGUUCAAUGAGUCUACAACGGUGAUUCUGGCGUCAGAUCUAACUGAUAACUAUCGUAUGGUUUGUCGAAUAGAACAGGGAAAUAUUGUUUCUGGAGUCAAAUUUCAGCGGAGUUCUCCUGCGUACUUCAGUGUUUUUGUUACAAAUGUUCGUCGAGUAAAUGACUCUGUAAUUGGAGAUCCACUGAUGACCGUACCACUCUACUUCACCAACACCAGUGCACUACAGAACAAUAUCAAUCUCGGAGAAAAUGAAGUUAUCAACCUUUGCUUUGAAAUCUAUGGUCAAGCAGACGAAUACUUUAACCUCGUGUCCGACUCCUGUAUUAGUGUGAAUGCACAUUACCAGCGAGCAAAUCCACAACUCAGUUCCAAUAUCAUAGAUGAGAUAACGGUUCGAGCAGCCGGACUUGACGGGAUUUGUCGAAACAUUUUAGUCCGUGUUGGAAACUGUCAAGCAUCAAUCGAUGGAUCUGUGCUUGAUGAGACUUACACAAGUGCUGGAAUAUCUGUGAGAAUGUAUCGGAAUCGUGUUCGAAUCUCUGCCCCUAAUUGUCAAGACCUUGAUUUGGUGAUGUGGGUGUUUUGUGAGCAGACAGAGCUGAGGGACCCUGAACUGGGAGAGCCCGAUAUUGUGGUCAAUGUUAGUAUGAUUCACUUUGUGAUUGCUCGUGGACUUAAUAUUCGUGAAUCGGCUCAUGGUCUGCUGGGUCAGUUUUGGAAUGUUCCGAUCACCAUUGAGCGCUACUUGGGCUCUCUCUCUGACGGCAGCACACGAGACGAUACCUACAUCCUGACUGUCAACUAUCCGAACACACCCCCUCGUCGUUUUGUGACCUUCCUGCACUCUCCGACGUGGGACAGACGAGGGAAGGAGUACUGUUUGUACGGGGGUAACAGACAGGGUGGAGGGAUAUUUGAGAUUGAAUCACCGAAUGAUCCGGUUAUCCAGGGACAAUACCGAGACUAUAUUAUGUGGGAACAGUUCGGAGUUGAGUUUGCGUAUACUCAUUUUGAUUCUUUACAAUGUAGUUUAUGAAUAUUUGUAAUGCACCACCUGCUAGUUAAUAUAUUGUGUGAACUCUGAACUUGGACACUUAGAUGAAUUGUGCAUAAUUAUGAAUUCUAUGUGGUUUUAUCUACUUCCUUAAAUUUUUUUCCAAGUUUAUUGUUUGCAUCUGAGGUUACCA